AUGUUGUUGAAGGAUGCAUGUGCUGAAAAUCCUCCAUUACUGAUGAACGGCGGAGGUCUGGGGGUUCAAACACUUGGCGUUGCCGAAGAGAAGUUGUCAGUGGAGGAGAAGAUUGGAGGAGGCCGGUGGUGGGAGGAAAGGGGCGGCUGUCUUGAUACCGAGUGGCUGCCAAAUCUAAACCCAGGCGAAAACCACCCUAUCGCUAUACUCCAACUCAGCAUCGGCAACCGGUGCCUCAUCUUUCAACUUCUUCACGCAGAUUUUAUUCCGGUUUCGCUCCACGCCUUUUUAGCCGAUCCUCGCCACACGUUUUGUGGGGUCGGUAUCAAAGAUGAUGUGGACAAAUUAUACGAUCAUCACAAAUUACGCGUGAGAAAAAUCGCGGACCUGAACGAUCUUGCAAGACUGGCGACGAUCAACAGCCAAUGUGGAAACGGAGGGUACAAAUACAUGGGAUUGAAGAAGAUGGCGUAUGCGGUUCUUGGAAAGAAGAUGGAGAAGCCAUUGAACGUGACGCUCAGUAAGUGGGACGCUGUGGAGCUCGAUCGUGAUCAAAUUGAAUAUGCAGCCAUUGAUGCGGUAGUUUCUUACCAACUUGGUUAUACACUGUGCUCGCCGAUUUAUCGUCCGCAGCCAGGCUCUGUCGUAGUUGGACGACCUGGAUUGUUAUUAGUUUAG